AUGGCCAAUCAGCGGCUAGCGGCAGAUCAGGUGGCCAGUGGUUUCCCGGACUCACGGACCUGUCUGCUGCACCAGAAGCUGCAGAUGCUGAACGUAUGCAUGGAGCGGCGUACAUUGCGCGACGGAGGCCUCCCGUUCUCGAUGAGGACCUCCGAAGCCGGAGCGGCCGGCGGUGGAGGUGAAUCGGACGAGGAAUUCUUUGACUGCUGGGAGGAAGAGCAGCGGGCAGCGGCGGCAGCAGCGGCUGCCGGUGAGCCCGUGGGCCGUUUGUCCCGGCUCGGACGCAUGUUGCUCGUCGGUUCGGACGAACCCCUGUACAUUCCGAUCACACAGGAACCCGUCCCGAAGACGGAGGAUCAGCUCGAGGAUGACGCUGAGGUCCUGCUAAAGCUCGGGCCCGACAGCGAACUGAGGACCCAGAUGAUGAGUGCCUCGCUGCUGUCCGAUGCCGAGAGCUUCAAGGCGGCCAAUCCGACCGCCCAGCUCGAGGACUUCAUCCGAUGGUACAGUCCGCGGGACUGGAUCGAGGACGAACCGAUCGAUGAGCAGGAUCCGUUCGGACGGCGCGGUCACCUGAGCGCCCGGAUGCAGAUCCCCGGUAACACGUGGCGCACCGUCUGGGACGGUGCCCGGCCCGUGCCGGCCCGCCGUCAGAAGCGCCUGUUCGAUGACACGAAGGAAGCGGAGAAGGUGCUCCACUUUCUCGAAUCCCGCGCCAUCGGCCAGAUCGCUGAACUCACGGUGGCCACCCUGUUCCACGUGGCACUCGACACGGCCAAGCUGGAAGCGGCCACCGCACGUGGGGCCAUCCCGCGCUACGAAGAGACGAUCGAACGGCUGACCACCACCUGUUGUCGGUUGUCGCGCGAAAAUUGGUCCACCGGCACCGGUUCGGCCACCGGAAUGACGCGGGCGGUCAGCUCGCGGACCAAGUACGAGCUGCUGCUCGGGGAGUUGCUGCAGCUCGAAAGCAGCCUUACCCAGGUCCGCAGUCUGACGCGAAAGCUCACGGAUUCGAGCGAAAGCUUCGAGUGCCAACUUAUCCAAGAUUUGUUGCUGGGCGACGAAACCGAGCUCCCAGAGGGCGCUGCGAGCGAGAUUGCCGCCCGGCUGCUGACGAUGUUUGGCGAGGCGAAACGGGCGGCCAACGAGGCGGGGACCGAGGCUACGGCAGCGAUCAACGCCGGAGGGAAUGUGUGUCUUCCGGAUCCGGUGGAGAAGCAGUUUACGUUGCGGCUGUCUGGCAACACCGUCAGCAAGGGACCCGGAACGCCACAGUUUUUGAGAGCAAUCCUGAUGCCACAAGAAUUCCGUUUGUGUGGUGCGUUCAGCCGGAACACUACUUUCUAUUGA